UCGCGUCGUCUGCAGCUGAUGCUAGUGGCCCACUAGACACGGUGAGAGGAGCGUACACCCGGCAUCAUGACCACUCCCCAGACCGACCUGGAGAAGAGGAAGCAGAUCUCCGUCAGGGGCAUCGCGCAAGUUGAAAAUGUGGCCAACGUGAAGAAGACGUUCAAUCGCCACUUGCACUACACCCUGGUGAAGGACAGGAAUGUGGCCACCCCCCGCGACUACUACUUCACCCUCGCCCACACCGUCCGCGACCACCUCACCUCCAGGUGGAUCAGGACCCAGCAACACUACUAUGAGAAGGAUCCCAAGCGUGUGUACUAUCUCUCCCUGGAGUACUACAUGGGCAGAUCAUUGACAAAUACCAUGCUCAACUUGGGUAUUCAGUCUGCCUGUGAUGAAGCCCUGUACCAGCUGGGUCUGGAUAUUGAAGAGCUGGAGUCCCUGGAAGAAGAUGCAGGCUUGGGUAAUGGAGGUCUUGGACGCUUAGCUGCCUGUUUCCUGGAUUCCAUGGCCACACUUGGCAUGGCUGCAUAUGGCUAUGGUAUUAGAUACGAAUAUGGUAUCUUUGCUCAGAAGAUCAAGAAUGGAGAACAGAUUGAGGAGCCCGAUGACUGGUUGCGUUUUGGCAAUCCAUGGGAAAAGGCCAGACCAGAGUACAUGAUCCCUGUUAAUUUCUAUGGUAGAGUUGAGGAUACACCUCAGGGCAAGAAAUGGGUCGAUACACAGAUUGUGUUUGCCAUGCCUUAUGACAACCCUAUUCCUGGGUACAAAAACAAUGUAGUCAACACCAUGAGACUGUGGUCAGCAAAGUCGCCCAACAAUUUCAACCUCAAGUUCUUUAAUGAUGGUGACUACAUUCAGGCCGUGCUGGACCGCAACUUAUCAGAAAAUAUCUCUCGUGUGCUGUACCCCAAUGAUAACUUCUUUGAAGGAAAAGAACUGCGUCUAAAGCAAGAAUAUUUCAUGGUAGCUGCCACCCUGCAGGAUAUAAUCAGGCGUUUUAAGGCUUCAAAGUUUGGCUCAAAAGAUGCAGUUCGCACUUCAUUCGAUACAUUCCCAGACAAGGUGGCCCUCCAGCUGAAUGAUACUCACCCCUCAUUAGCCAUUCCUGAGCUGAUGCGCAUCCUUGUUGACAUUGAAGGACUUACAUGGGCCCGUGCCUGGGACAUCUGUGUAAGGACUUGUGCGUACACCAACCACACAGUUUUGCCUGAAGCUCUCGAACGGUGGCCAGUAAGUAUGUUGGAACAUAUACUUCCCAGGCACUUGCAGAUCAUCUAUGAGAUUAACCAUCUUCAUCUACAAGAAGUUGCAAGGAGGUGGCCAGGUGAUAACAAUCGUCUAGGAAACAUGUCUCUUGUAGAAGAAUAUGGUGAGAAGAGAAUCAACAUGGCCCACCUGUGUAUUGUUGGAUCUCAUGCUGUGAAUGGUGUUGCAGCAAUUCACUCUGAAAUUAUCAAGCGGGAUAUUUUCAAGGAUUUUGCUGAAAUGAGUCCUGAAAAGUUCCAGAACAAAACUAAUGGCAUCACUCCUCGCCGCUGGCUACUGCUGUGUAACCCAGCCCUUGCUGAUGUUAUUGCAGAGAAGAUUGGUGAAGAUUGGGUAGUCCACUUAGAUCAGCUAGCUAGGCUCAAACCUUUGGUGAAUGACAGUGGACUUAUCCGUGCUGUCCAGACAGCCAAGCAGGAGAACAAGCUACGGCUAGCAAAACAAUUGGAACAAGAAUAUGGUAUCAAAAUAAACCCUUCUUCUAUGUUUGAUAUUCAAGUUAAACGGAUUCAUGAGUACAAGCGUCAGCUUCUAAACUGCCUCCAUAUCAUUACCAUGUAUAAUCGUAUCAAGGCUAAUCCAAGUGCUAAAUUUGUACCUCGCACUGUAAUGAUUGGUGGGAAGGCUGCACCUGGCUAUCACACGGCCAAGCAAAUUAUUCGUCUCAUCUGCUCUGUUGCUCGAGUUGUCAACAAUGAUCCCAUCAUAGGUGACAAACUCAAGGUUAUCUAUUUGGAAAACUACCGUGUUACUUUAGCUGAGAAAAUUAUCCCAGCUGCAGACCUAUCUGAGCAGAUUUCCACUGCUGGCACAGAAGCAUCUGGCACUGGCAAUAUGAAGUUUAUGCUUAAUGGAGCCCUCACAAUUGGCACACUAGAUGGUGCUAAUAUUGAAAUGAUGGAGGAGAUGGGUAAGGAAAACAUCUUCAUUUUUGGUAUGAAUGUUGAUGAGGUUGAAGCACUUAAAUGCAAGGGUUACAAUGCUUAUGACUACUACAACAAUAUACCCGAGCUUCGCCAGUGUAUUGAUCAGAUUCAGAGUGGAUUCUUUUCUCCAAAUAAUCCUGACCAGUUUAAGGAUUUGGUAAAUAUUCUCAUGCACCAUGAUCGUUUCUACCUCUUUGCCGACUUUGAAUCCUACAUAAAGUGCCAAGAUUCUGUAAACAAGCUGUACCAGAAACCAACAGAAUGGACCAAGAAGGCCCUUCUCAACAUUGCAUCGUCAGGAAAGUUCUCUAGUGAUCGUACAAUUGCAGAGUAUGGAAGAGAGAUCUGGGGAGUAGAACCAUCCUGGGAAAAGCUUCCAGCUCCCCACGAGCCUCGUGAAACAGACACUGCAGAGAAGUAAGGUUAUUCAAGAGACAGAUUAUAAGGAAUUAUGUACGAUAGGUAGUUGUGGGACUUUGAGGAAAUAGAGGCUUGUAAAUCAAACACUUGAUAUAAACAUUCAUAUAAAGGAAAUGACAAAAGUUAUGUUUAAUCUUGAGUAACUUGUCCAUUUAUAAAUGUCAUAUAUGAAUAAUGCCUAAAUAUUUGCUUCCUGUUAGAAAUGGAAAAGCAUAAGAGAUUGUCACUUUGGAUUAGUUACUGGUUAAAGUGUUUGUCUUGAGCACUUUUGUGUCACCUAGUCACUGAUGCUCACUUUCAUAGGCUAGCUGCUUGAUCAAAACUGUUUUGUGCCAAUAAUGUAAUUUUAUGUUUAACUUGCAUAAUAUUCCAAAACAAAAUUUAAUUUCAAGUCCUACAAAUUUGACUACUUAUUUUUCUGAACAAAGUAAUAUGUACUACAGAAAAUUUUUAAUGUGGAACUUGUGUAUAAUGAAAUUUAUUGUAUUAUAUUUUAUAAUUAUUAAAGCUGUUUCCACUGGGAUAUUUAUGAUAAAUUUUAUAUUUAAUUUUUUCUGCCUUGCAGAAUAAAGAUAGGUCUUGGAAA